UAUCCGUCUCAGUUUAUUAGAAAGAACGGCGCCUGUACUUUUUGACAGUAUUAAAAAACUUUGACUUCGGAAUUUUUCAAUAUCAUCAUACCGCCCAUGCACGGUGUGUUGAGACCACUUUAGAUCCUCGGCGAGGGAGACCCGGAGGAACUUGAAGCUGGCAGGUGCAGCCCUGCUCCACACCGCCCUAUUCAAAUGUGGAUGCGGCUGUGGACUUUCAGCUGCCUGCGUAAGACCAGGAUCAGAAUUAUCUUAAUUUCUACGUUAAGAUUCCAUUAAAGGAUAGACGCUGCCCCUGAAUUAGAAGGCUGCGGUGUAACUCUAAGAAUCAUCCGUGGGAAACAGGUGGAAUUUCCUCAGUUCCGCAGAUGACAUUGUGAUGUGGAACUGGAAACGAGUGAAAAUACGAAGGGCAAACUCCAGCUUGAAUUUAAAAAGCUACUUUGGCAUUUUAAUAUUGGGCAACAAAUCACCUCAGGCAGUUCAGAAAUGCAGAUGAAACGUGAUCGGCACCAAAAACGUCGUCAUUUUAACCCGCAUAUGUUGUAGCUGGCAGUAAGGAUAAUUUAUCAGACUGCUGUCAACAGCACAACAACUAUGAACGGGAAUAGCGUCCAGAAGCAGUUGACUGAACCCGGAUCAGCCACGGGAGAUGUGGCUGAGUCCAUGGUGGACGAUAUGAGGCCAAAUCCAGUUGACCCAGCGGUCCACAGAAAGUCUGCAGCAGCUGGAGACAGUUCAUUGAAGAGUAAUGACAGUUUACAAGGUCAGGACCUAGAACUUCAACCUGACUCAAAAGACGGCAAAGCAUCUCAGCGUAACUGUGGAAGUGGAGACAGUUCAUCAGAAAUCAAGACUAGCAAGACCGAGACGCCUGAAGGUUCCUGUCUUGGGAGCCCGGAACCAAAUGACUCUGGUGCCCGGAAUCAGCCAGGAGAGCGACAGGAGGCCGAAGCUGAUGCUGGUCAGAGUAAGACGGCAGCAGAGGACAUAUCGCAAGAUCCUGAAGAUAAAGGCGAUGGAGCUGGGAAAAAAGGUCAGGACCUAGAACUUCAACCUGACUCAAAAGACGGCAAAGAAUCUCAGCGUAACUCUGGAAGUGGAGACAGUUCAUCAGAAAUCAAGACUAGCAAGACCGAGACGCCUGAAGGUUCCUGUCUUGGGAGCCCGGAACCAAAUGACUCUGGUGCCCGGAAUCAGCCAGGAGAGCGACAGGAGGCCGAAGCUGAUCAGAGUAAGACGGCAGCAGAGGACAUAUCGCAAGAUCCUGAAGAUAAAGGCGAUGGAGCUGGGAAAAAAGCCGCAGGCCUGAGAGAGCAGGAGGAUGCGGUUGCCCGUAGCGAUGAAGCCCCAGCCAAGGACAGCAGCUGCACUGUGGUUUCUGGAAUGCUAUAUUUGUCAGCUUUGGUGGCUGUUCUUGCUGUCAUUUACAUCCAGCUUGGCUUUCGGUCCAGCCCACCCCCUGUACCAAGCAAGGGAAGAGCUGAGAUUUUUCAUGAACAAAUUGGGAGCGUAAAGCUCAACUUUCCCAGCCAGAGGGCAGCAUUGUGGCAGAGGAGUGAAAUCCAUCUUACGCGGCACCUAGACUCAAAGAGGCCCACGGAACCGGUCAGCAUGAUCCUGACGUCGGGCCGCGGGGCCGAGAAGACUCUACGUUGCCUGGCCGUCCACAUAGCCAAAGCCUUGUCUGCUGCUCUCAACGCUUCUGUACUCGAAAUAGACGGAACCAGCAAGGCCUUGUUAGACAGUGACCAAGUUAAGCUGGACAUUGAUGAGAUGCUGAAAACAGCCUUUGGCAUGAACAAGGGGCCAGCGGUCAUCCAUCGCUUUGAGGAGUUCCCCCCAGGGUCCACACUUAUAUUUUACAGAUACUGCGACCAUGAGAAUGCAGCUUUUAAGGAGGCUUCUCUGAUCUUCACCGUGCUGCUUGAGGAGGUCGAGCAGCUGGAGCCGCAGAUGAGUCUGAGCGAUGUUGAGGAGAUGGUUCAGGAUCACGUCAAGGACAAAUUCCUCUCCUCCACCGAGCCGGCCGCUUUUGAUAAAAUGGAUGUUGAUAAAUUAGGUGGGCUGUGGAGUCGGAUCUCGCAUCUGGUCCUGCCUGUGGCUGCAGAGAAGGACAUUGAGCUGGAGGGCUGCAGAAGCUGAGAACAUCCAACAGUAGAAAUGCAUUUAACAAUCGAGUGCAUUUCAGAUUUCAAAAUGACUAUGAACUGUAAAAAGAAGGCUUCCUGAAGUCCCAUUUUCUCUUACACUUCCUUUCAGAAAACAAUUUGACUUUAAAUAAUUAAGGGAAACUUUCAAUCAGCUAUAAUUUACAUCGGGGUUGUGUUAUAGGCAAAGGAAACAUGGCUUAUAAACUUAAAGGUUCAUGUACCUCUUUUAGCACAACGUUGAGAUAUAAAGAUUGGAAGUUGUCUGUUUUUACAGUAGAUUUGAUCAUUUAAGGACUGAGAUUUAUUGGUAAGGUUUACCAUGCGAAUCAUGGCCUGGUUGAUUCACUAAUAUUUUAUUGAAACGUGCCUUAAAUACUAUACUAUAAAUAAAAGAUGAUUAUUCUGUU